AAAAGUACCCAGUGCCAUGCCAACCGCCGCGGAGGGUUGACGACGCGCGUCAUAACAACGUCCACUGCUCCAUAUCACAGUUUCCCGCGCCUUUUCGGCGAAUACGUAAUAACUUAAACGCGUGUCCUUAUGAAGGGAGAAAAUUACGCAAGUUUUCCUUGGGACUUCACUACGACUUUAACGUGCUUUAAGGACAAUAACUUCUACAGAAUAUAAAGCGGCUGGCCUGAGAAUGAAACGCGAUGACUCGAACAAAAGCGUUUCAAAAUAUUCAGCGGCGGCGCAACGGCGCAUGAGUGCUGGGCAGGCGUCCUAUGCAUUGGGCGGAUGGCGUUCCAAUUCCCUUACUAUAAGCACAUUAGCACAGAACUCUGCUUAUUUAGCUGAAAAACUUUUAAACGAAGAAAAAGAAGAAAAGGAAAGGAGUAAACCAGUAUCUUGGUAUAAAUUAUAUAAGUAUGCUACGCCGUGUGAGUUACUCUUACUGCUGUUUGGUGUAAUUUUGGCCUGCUUAAAUGGAUUCUUCGUGCCCCUGGGUUGCAUCAUCUAUGGCGAGUUCACGGCCCUACUCAUCGACCGGACUGUCAUGGUCGGCACAUCGACGGAAACGAUAACUAUAGUUCUAUUCGGUGGAGGCAAAAUACUAACGAAUGCAACACGAGAGGAAAAUAGAGUUGCUUUAAUUGAAGACUCUCAAGCUUUCGGCAUCGGUUGCAUGGUGUUCUCGGUAGGGCAGCUCUUAGUUGGUCUCCUCAGUGUGGAUAUCUUCAACCAUGUGGCACUCAAUCAGGUGGAUAGACUAAAGGCAAAGUUUCUUAGAUCAGUUCUCCGUCAGGACAUUACGUGGUAUGACUUGAACACCACAAUGAACUUCGCAACCAAAGUGUCUGAUGACGUCGAGAAGUUCCGAGAAGGUAUUGCGGAGAAAGUACCAAUCUUCAUUUACCUGGUGAUGUCUUUUGUCACGUCAGUAAUCAUCUCCUUCGUAUACGGCUGGGAACUUACUCUGGUGCUCCUGUCGUGUACACCAGUGGUCAUCGCUACCACAGCCGUGGUUGCUAAGGUACAAUCAUCGCUGACCUCUCAAGAACUAAAAGCGUACAGCAUAGCAGGAGUUAUAGCUGAAGAAGUGCUCGCUGCCAUUCGAACAGUUGUCGCCUUCGGAGGAGAAAAAAUAGAAAUAGCAAGAUAUUCAAAGCGACUAGAACCUGCUAAAAAGAUGGGUAUGAAGAAAGGUAUUUUUGCGGGCUUGGGCAGCGGCGUUAUGUGGUUCAUUAUUUACGCUACGUACGCCCUAGCCUUUUGGUAUGGUGUUGGUCUCAUUUUGGACAGCAGAAAUGAAGAAAAACCCAUAUAUACUCCAGCCGUACUUAUGAUUGUUUUCUUCAGCGUACUACAAGGAGCUCAAAAUGUAGGAUUAACAGCUCCGCAUAUGGAAGCGAUUACUACGGCUAGAGCAUCAGCUGCGUCGGUAUACGCGGUCAUCAACCGAAAACCAGUGAUAGACAUAUUUUCUACAGAAGGCGAGAAACCAGUACUCAAAGGUGAUAUCGAAUUCAGAGACGUACAGUUCCGAUAUCCUGCAAGGAAAGAUGUACUGGUGUUAAACGGUUUAAACCUGUCCAUAAAAGAAAACGAGACUGUUGCCUUAGUGGGCCCAAGUGGUUGCGGCAAGUCGACUGUGCUGCAGCUAAUUCAGAGAAUGUAUGACCCUGACGCCGGUAAGGUGACGGCGUCCGGCUAUGAUUUGAGAAAUAUGAACGUCAGGCACUAUAGGAAUCACAUCGCAGUGGUAGGCCAAGAGCCGGUAUUGUUUGCCGGUAGUAUUAAAGAAAAUAUCAGAAUGAGUAAUCCAGACGCUACUGACCAAGAUAUCAUCGCAGCAGCAAAGUCAGCAUAUUGCCAUGAUUUCAUCAAGAAAUUACCUGAUGCAUACGACACAAUGAUCGGAGAGAGAGGUGCUCAACUAUCCGGAGGACAAAAGCAACGCAUUGCUAUAGCAAGAGCGUUGGUAAGAAAUCCUAAGAUCCUGCUCCUUGAUGAGGCCACUUCGGCUCUCGAUUCCCAGAGCGAGGCCAAGGUGCAAAAGGCUUUGGACGCAGCCGCUGUAGUAAGAACCACCAUUAUGGUGAGCCACAGGUUAUCAACAGUACUGAAUGCAGAUCGCAUAGUAUUUCUCGACAAAGGCGAAGUGAUUGAAGAAGGCACUUACAUAGAUCUGAUUGCUAGAAAAGGUCGGUUCUACCAGCUCGCAGCGGAGAAUGAAGUUGACAAAACACCGCUCUCUGCGGAACGAAUACCGUCAAAACACGCAAAAAUACGAAGACCGAAGAGGGUAAAAUCUAUAGACUCCAUUGAAAGUCAUGCAUCUUCGGUGUCGUCAUUAUCAUCAGAUGGUUCGAUAGAAGAAGAAGAUAAAGAAGAACCAGAAUACAUCCCAACGACUUGGGAGAUUUUAAAGCUAUGUGCACCUGAGAAGUGGCUGAUGGUAGCGGGUGUGUUUGCAGCUAUAGCCGUUGGUUCUUCCUUCCCGACGUUCGCCAUUCUUUUUGGAGAGACUUACGGGUACUUGGAGAGCCCCGACUCUGACUGGGUGCGAGGUCAAACCAACGUUAUCGCGAUCCUGUUUCUACUAGUUGGAGUUUACACUGGCAUUGGCAUAUUUUUCCAAAUAUUCAUAUUCAAUGUCACGGGCGUUCGACUUACGGCCAGACUUAGGGUGGCAGCAUUUGAAACUAUGUUACGCCAAGAGAUUGGUUGGUUUGAUGACCCCAAGAAUGGAGUUGGUGCAUUGACGGCAAGACUGGCAGCAGACGCGGCAGCUGUCCAAGGAGCGACAGGCACACGUAUAGGUGCUCUAAUGCAGGCCUCAGCCACGAUAGUGAUUGGCAUCAUGCUGUCGAUGUACUUCACGUGGAAGAUGACCCUGGUCUCCCUGAUCUCGGUGCCGGCGGUCAUCGGUAGCGUGGUAAUGGAAGGCAGAGUGCUAUCUGUCGGCCUACAACUGGUUCGCGAAGCUUCCUACAGAGCAACCACAAUUGCUACUGAAGCCAUUACCAAUAUCAAGACCGUCGCCGCUUUCUGUGGUGAAGAGGCUGUGAUAAAGCGCUACCACGAUGCGUUUGUGGGCGGUCGAGCGAUGGCACGCAAGAGUCUGCGCUGGCGCGGGACUGUGUUCUCGUUCGGGCAGACUGCACCCGUCGCGGGGUAUGCCCUGUCUCUAUGGUACGGUGGUGUACUCGUCGCCGAAGGAGAGAUACACUACAAGACCGUUAUUAAGGUAUCUGAAGCUCUAAUCUUCGGUGCUUGGAUGAUGGGUCAGGCGUUAGCGUUCGCGCCCAACUUCGGCGCGGCGGUGAGUGCCGCUGGCCGUGUUAUGACGCUGCUUGCUCGGAAACCACGAGUUGGUGACACGGAUUCACCUGGUGUGCCAGUGGAUUACGUGGCCCAGGGUAAAAUUGAGUACAAAAACGUAAAGUUCCGAUACCCAACGCGACGCGAAGUAGAAGUGCUACGUGGACUAUCAGUACUUAUCCCGUUCGGCAAACGAGUGGCUUUCGUGGGACCCAGCGGCUGCGGGAAGUCCACUCUCAUCCAACUUAUACAGCGACUUUAUGACCCUGAAGAAGGCAAUGUGUAUAUGGAUGACUACAAUAUAGUAUCGGAUAUGCGUCUGCAAACAUUACGUGCGAACCUUGGCAUCGUAUCUCAAGAACCGGUGCUUUUCGAUAGAACGAUCGCAGAGAAUAUUGCUUAUGGAGACAACAGGCGCAAUGUCACCAUUGAAGAAAUCGUCUCCGCCGCCAAGCAGGCUAACGUUCACACUUUUAUAUCCGCAUUGCCUAACGCAUACAAUACACGUAUCGGCGCCCGCGCAUCCCAGCUGUCCGGAGGUCAGAAACAGCGCAUAGCAAUAGCGCGGGCACUCGUGCGCAAUCCACGCGUGCUACUGUUGGACGAGGCAACGUCAGCUCUAGAUACACACAGCGAAAAGGUAGUACAAGAAGCUCUGGACAGAGCCAGCGAAGGCCGUACGAGUCUCAUCAUAGCGCAUCGCCUAUCCACAAUACAAACAGCAGACAUGAUCGUGGUUAUAGCUAAAGGAGUGGUCGCCGAAACCGGUACGCACAGAGAACUUCUAGAAAAGAAUGGCAUAUACGCAAGACUUUAUGAACUGCAAUGCGGCAUACCGGAAGAAAUUGAAGAAACGGCAGACGGCGACGUGUAGUGGGCCCCUUACCUACAUUUUCUUGUAGACUACGGAUAAACGUCGUCAGUCACUCUGCCGCGGAUGGCAUGGUGAACCCAACCUAAGAAGGCCCAUUUAUCGACCAUGCAUGUAAUCAAUCAUACAUUAUUUAAACGAUCGAUUAGGAUCACAUUUUCCAAAAUACAUCAAGUUGUUCAUUACUUUGGCAUAAAUUCUCUUGCUAACUUGAUUUAUUUCUUUUAAAGUUAUUAUGAAUGUAUACCGGGUCAGACUGGGCUUAUAAUUCCGAGAUGGUCAAUGAUCCACGUCAUAGAAUCAUUCAAUACAAAAAAUAUAUAAAGUUUGCUAACUUUUCACUCAGUCACUGGGCCCCCACUGCCUUUGCUGCGGGGGCCUGUCCGACCCAGUCCGUCCCUGGGUAUACUGGGUAUAUAGGCCUUUACCCUAUAGGUUGAGCAAUUCAAAAUAGAUAGAUGAUUUUGGCUAGUAUCCAUCAAAUUACCUUGUAUAAGAUUCAAACUUGAUAUCCUUAAUUACAGUGUUCAGAACAUUCCUUCUAGGUCCUUGACAUUCCCUAACUAGUCCCUAACGUUCCUCUCAUAAAAGACAAUCGUUCCUUAGGUAGUAUUAUACCUAUCAUUGUUAUUAUUGCAUGCGCUCACCUAAUACAUUUGAACCAAUUAUUUUUAUGCUAUAUUUAAUGCUUAUAAACCAUAUAUUUUAUAGUUAUUUACACGCAAAAAUUAAUGUCCAUUUAGCGUGCUUCAAAUCAUCAUUGUACUCAUAUUUUGUAUGAUUUUAUUUUUUAUGAUUUUAAUGAAAAUAUCUUAUUUAUAUAACGCGUUGCCUUUGUGGUGCCUUCAAAUAUAUAUGUACUUAUAUAAUACAUCAGCCAUAGAGCUGUAACGUAACCAAAGAUUAUUAUUUUUAAAUAUAUCUCUAUUUACUAAUGUAUAUUGUUAUGAACUACUAAUGAUUGCUUCAGUAUUGUAUAUUUUAGCAUUUCUAGAGUAGGAACAAACAAAUCACCAAAUUAUGCUCAAGUGUGUUAAUGUUACUUGUUGAUCAAAGAUAUUUUUAUACCACAUGACGAUUUAUAAUUGGUGUUUUUGCUGAUUUAAAGUGUAAAUGAAUGUAGUUGUACAGGUAAAUAUAUACUGUGGACGAA